AUGAUAGAUCCAAAUUCGGAAGAUGAAAAAUACUAUUUUGUGAGAAGGGAGAGAAAAUCAGAAUCAAUUAAUGGGAAGAAUUCGAAGCGAAGUCUUAAAGUUACAGGGAACGCUAAGGGUGGAUGGUGGAAGGCCACCGUCGGCGAUCAAAUGAUAUUCAACCAAAAACGUCACGUUAUUGGAUAUAAAAAGACAUUAAAGUUUUGUAUGUAUAAAAGUGACAAGCGCAAUCGUAAUGAAUGUAUCAAGACUGAUUGGAUCAUGCACGAAUACAGAUUGCCACGCCCAACUUUUCAGGAAUGGGUUAUUUGUGGAAUCAAGAAUAAUGGCUUGAAGAAAAUGGAGGAUAUACAAAAUGUCUCUCAAGAUUCAACAGCAACACAACAUGGUCACUAUAAUAUUCCUAAAAAAGUAUUAGCGUCUCAUCAACAAAUAUCGCAAUUGGAGCAACACAAUCUUGACAAAGAACUAAUAGUAUCGCAACCCAUAUCACAAUUUGAUCCAAAUGAUGAUUUCGAAGAUUUUGUUGGCUGCUUGGAGAAUGACUUACAGCAUCAAGAAGUAUAUAGUGAAGAGAACAAUAAUGCUCUUACAACGAGCAUUUUUCAAGAUCAGACACAUUAUAAUGAUAGUGUAGCAAGCAUGAAUAUGGUGUGGUAUAACCAAGAUCUUCAAGUUCAAGAAUUGAUAGCAACGCAACAAAUAUCACAACAUGAUCAGUACAAUAUCCCUCAAGAGCUGGUGGCGUCGCAACAAAUUUCUCAACUGGAUCAACACAAUCUUAACAAAGAAUUGGUGGGAUCGCAACCAAUAUCACAACUUGAUCCGAGUGAUGAUUUCGAAGAUUUUGUUAGUCACUUGGAGAACGAGUUACAGUGUCACGGAGAAUAUAACGAAGGGAACAACAAUGCUGUUACAAUGAUCACUUUUGAAGACUAG